AUGUCCCCCAGGCAGGCUGGGCUCUCACCACCGGGACACCGAGUGUGGGAAGGACGGAAAUGGAAGGCAGUCCGCACAGCGGCCCCGGAGUGCGUCCGCGUGGGUCCCGCCCGCUCCGGCCGCCCCUCGGGCCUCCCCGGCUCCGCCCGCCGGCGCGUGGCCCUUCGCGCGCGGACUAGAAGUUUCGAGCGGCGCGGCCCCGCGCACUCGGCCCCGGCGCGGCCUGACAGGGGGAGGCGCGGCCACCGACCCGCGUCCCAACCGUCGCGGCGCACCCCUCACCUCGGCUGCCGCUCUCCUCGGGUCCCGCUACGCACGCCGCCCCGGCCGGGCUGCGACUCCGACCCCUUUUCCCGUUCCGUUCCGGCCGCGCUGCCCGGCCCUGCCCAGACCCGCCGCGGCCGCUUCUGCCGCCAGCCGAGACCGCGCCGCCCCCGCCGCGCCCGCUGUGCUCGCCCUAUUGGCUGUCGGGAUUCAGACCCCGCCCUUCAGCCCCGUCCGCGCUCCGGAUUGGACAGACCAACGCAGGGGCGGCACGCCCCCAAGCACGCUCAAGGGGACUUCCCUGGAGCUCAGCUUGAAACACCAACUGCGUCCAGAAGCCACGCCAGACAGCCCACAUCAGAAAGGAUGGAACACCUUUAUUCCUGCUGCUCUGGCCUGGAGUCUGCACUGUUGGUUCCCAGAUGUCUGGGAACUUUAGGAGGAUGUGCAUCCUGUGAGUUCGAGGCCAGCCCCGGUUACAGAGGAGGAUGUGCCUCAAGGUCUUGAAAGGUACCGGAAAAAGAAAAAAAGUCACUGGAGCUGAGCUCAUUCAGUAUAGUACUUGCCAUGCAAGCAUAUGACCUGAG